AUGUCCUCAAGGGAAUUACGAAUUGAUUCAUUUAUUUCGAAAGAAAUUUUCGCUCCUCGCCAUAAAUCUGUUAAGAACUUGGAGGAAGUGAGCAUUCAGUUUAUCAAUAAUUCUCAUUAUAUUGUUGAUUUGUGCUGGAUUGAUUUCCGAGUAAGGCACUGCUGGAUAGCGCGAUUUAUACGGAACGGUACAGCUGCACAGUUUUUACCUGACCGCACUGAAGUCUUGUUCAUCACUAGGCGUUUCCCUCCUACGGCAGUUGUUUUUAUCAUUCAAAAAGUACCUACUUUGUUUGAAGCCGUUGUUGAGCAUAUUGGAGAACUAUUUUACGACCAGCAGUACGCUUUGUUUAAGAUUCCUGUCCCUAAACUUGUAAAGUUUGAUAUCUAUUUUUACAUUCGACGAAAACGAGUAUAUCAGGCGGUAUCGCUUGUUUUACCCUACCCAAGUAAUCCUUUGCGUCCAAACCAGAAUAAUGUUGAACUACAAGAACCACUCGAAAUCGAUGGCGCUGAAUGA